CCAGUCAGACCACCUCUCAACAGAUGAGGGGAAAGUUGCUGACGGCAUCAUUUUCAAUGGGAACCCAUUAAAAAGGUCCUCUCUGUGGAAACCUAGACUUUUUCUGUCAUGCGUUUAGAGGCUCAGCUGCGUCUCUGUCAGAGUUGUGUUUGGUGCUGCAGGAGCGGGCUGCGCCUGUUCUCCCAGAACUAUGCACACAGGAAAGCUGUGAACUACUACAAUCUUCUGGGAGUCAACUCUGAUGCCUCCUUGGAGGAAAUAAAAAAUGCUUUUUUUGACAAAUCUAAGAAGCUGCACCCAGACAGCGACCCGUCCAACCCAGCGCUGCACAGCCAGUUUGUGGAGCUGAACGAGGCCUACCGAGUGCUCAGCAAAGAUUCGAGCAGGAAGGAGUACGACUUAAAAAUCAGACAUCCCAGGGAUGGCCAGGCCUUCAGAUAUGCCUCCAGUCACACCAGCUACAGAUCUAGUGCGGGUACCCAGGACAAUUUUCGUUACUGGGAGCAGUUUCGUCAGUCUCAAGCUCGGGAGAUGCCGGCAGAGGAGUGGCAGAGGAGGAGGAGGAGAAACUUCCGCCUGGUGGGCUACUGCUUCAUCACCAUGUUGCUCAGCAUCGGCGCCCAUGUAGUCUUCUUCAGGAAACUGGAAGAAGUUCACCAAAACUUUAUGGACGAAAAAGAUCGAGUCAUAACAGAAAUUUACAAUGAAUCCAAAGAGCGGGCCAGGACCAACGGUUUUAAGAAACAGACUGAAAUCCUGCGGCAAAAACAUGCUGAGUUUCUGGAGAAAUACAACAUCCGCAAGGACGGAGAGGACAAGUAGGAGUUUCCAACUGUGCUCCGUGAUAAUGGAGUUUCAGCUGCCAGCAGGUGAAAGGCAGUGGACAGGGUGUGUUACCUGUUUUAGGAUUUUUAAAGUUUUUAUUUUUAUUUAAUUUAAUUGAAACAUGUUAAUGUUUUUGUCCUCAGUUGAGUACUUGAAGACACACAGGACAUUGGUGUGAUGUGGGAAUGUUUUUUAUGGUCAUAUAAGUGUUUCUUAAUGACUAAGCCAAGCUGCACUUCCGACUGCACCGGUCUGAAGCAUUUAUACCUACCAUAGAAUUAUUUGAUGUGAUGUGACAUAAGGAUCUACCUACAGUAUGUACACAAACCUUAAUGAACACUGUUCAAACUGCCUCGUGUGAACUCACAGGAACAUGCUAUUUAUUGUCCUCUGCCUCAUUGCCGUGUUAGGGGGUGCACAGAAAACAGCAAAUUAAUGCCAGAGGACAGCAGAUGAAUUGAUUAAGACAAGACAGACUAGCCAAUAUGUUUCUUGCUAAAAGAAAAUUGUGUUGAUUAAAAUCAUAUCCUGGGGUGCACACAA